AUGUUUGCCGGCGAUACGAACCCGGUUGAGGUCCAGUUCGUGCCGCCGCACAAGCGGGCCAAGCCGCCAACCCCGCUGGUCCUCAUCCAUGACGGCGGCGGCACCGUCUUCAGCUACUACCUCCUCGGCAGCCUCCGUCGCGAUGUCUGGGCCAUUUACGACCCCAAGUACUUUGACGGCGAGCCCUGGGAGGGCGGCAUGGACGAGAUGGCGCGCCACUACAUUGACCUGCUUGUCAAGGCGGGCAUAGCAGGUAUAGCAGGUACCAUCAUCCUGGGAGGCUGGUCCCUCGGCUGUCUGCUCUCUCUGACAAUGGCCCACAUGCUUGCCCACGACCCGUCCACGAACAUUUCCAUCGCUGGCAUUCUCUCAAUCGACUCGCCGUACCACAUUGCGUCGUCCAAGCUCACGGCCCCGACCUCCGAAGCCAAGAUAGAGGACAUCACCGAUCUCGUCCAGAAGUCGUUUGAGAAUUGCGACGUAAUGCUCAGGGAGUGGGACCUGCCGUCCUGGCAAGGUCCGUCUGGCGGUGGCAGAGAAGUCGAGGUCAGAGUAGCCGGUCAAAGCUUCACGCUCCAGCCAGGAAGAUUGCUCUACAAGCCGUUGGGGGAGGAUUGGAAACCCAUCAUCGGCCCCCCACCCGGAGUCAUGAUUCGAUGCACACGGCCAGCUGAAAAAGUGGCGGGCUCGGGGCCCGAGCCUGCUUCCAUCGACAGAUACCGCAACGAGACGUUAUUGGGCUGGGAAGGGAACUAUGCCGAUUUCAUCCGAGCCGUCAUCGAUGUUGACGACGACCACUACAAGAUUUUUGACAAGUACGACGAGGACAAGAUACAGAACCUUACAUCGCAGGUCAACGCUGGCCUUGAGAUUCUUGACAGCCUCAGCAGGCCGUCCGAUAACUAG